AUCUAUAUUCUCUUUUGCUUUUGAGUUAUGGAUGGGAAGAAGUUGGAAUACAAAGGAGAGAAUGCGCUGCGAGAGCUUGAAAGGUUGACGAUGAAUGCCAGAGAAGUCCAAGAGAUGAUCCUGAAGGAGAUCCUUACAAGAAAUGGAGCCACUGAGUACUUGAGCAAGUAUAUGGAGGGGUCUACAGAUGUUGCAGAGUAUAAGUGCAGGGUGCCGGUGAUCACGUACGACGAAAUCCAGCCAUACAUACAGAGGAUUGCUAAUGGCGAGGAUUCUUCCAUCAUAUCUGGCUACCCAAUUACAGAGAUGUUGACAAGCUCAGGGACUUCUGGUGGGGAGCCAAGAUUGAUGCCAUCCAUUGCAGAGGAUAUCGACCGCAGAACUUAUCUUUACAACCUCAUCAUGCCCAUUAUGAACCAGUACAUCCCAGGGCUGGACAAAGGCAAGGCCAUGUACCUCCUCUUUGUCAAGGCCGAAACUCCGACGGCUUGUGGCAUGCCGGCCCGGCCUGUGCUCACCAGCUACUACAAGGGCCAACAUUUCCGGCAUCGCCCUCGAGAUCCCUUCAAUGACUACACAAGCCCUGACGCCGCCAUCCUCUGCCCUGGCAGCCACCAGAGCAUGUACUGCCAGCUCCUUGCCGGCCUCAUCCACCGCCACCAUGUCCUCCGCCUCGGUGCAGUCUUCGCCUCUGCCUUCCUCCGCUCCAUCAGCUUCCUCGAGUGCAACUGGAUUGACUUAGCGAAUGACAUACGUUCUGGUCGACUGAAUUCAACCAUCACCGAUGAGGAAUGCCGGUCGGCGAUGUCGGCCUUGCUAGCGUCGCCAAACCCGAUGCUCGCCGAUGAGAUUGAAUCCAUCUGUAGCAAUGGAUCAUGGAAGGGAAUAAUCUGCAAACUGUGGCCUAAGGCUAAGUACAUUGAGGCAGUGCUAACAGGGUCAAUGGCACAGUACAUUCCAAUGCUGGAGUACUACAGUGAUGCAAAGAUACCUUUGGUGUGUGUGAUGUAUGCCUCCUCGGAGUGCUACUUUGGUGUGAAUUUGAGGCCGUUAUGUGAUCCGAUGGAGGUGUCCUACACUCUGCUACCCAACAUGGGCUACUUUGAGUUCAUACCCUUGGAGGAUGGAUUGGGAUUGGGAUUGGGAUUGGAUCAGGUCAAGGAGGUGGAGAAUGACAAGGUGGUGGGCUUGGUUGAUGUCAAGAUUGGAUGCUACUAUGAGCUUGUUGUCACCACAUUUGCUGGCCUCUAUAGGUACAGGAUUGGAGAUGUGCUCCAAGUUAGUGGCUUCCACAAUAAUGCUCCUCAGUUCAGGUUUAUUUGCCGGAGAAAUGUUGUGCUUAGUGUGGAUCUUGACAAAACCAAUGAAGAAGACCUCCAUAAGAGCAUUACCACUUCCAAGAAGCUCUUAGAAGCCAACAAUCUCCUUCUUGUAGAAUACACUAGCCAUACAGACACAUCCACCAUUCCCGGACACUAUGUGCUCUUCUGGGAGAUCAAAUGCACCUCUGAUGACACAAGCCAAAUAAUACCACUUGAUGAUCAUCUUCUCCAAGAUUGUUGUAUCGCCAUCGAAGAAUCGCUUGACUAUAUCUAUCGACGAUGUCGGUCGAAUGAUAAAUCUGUGGGACCAUUGGAAAUUCGCUUGGUUGAGGCUGGCACUUUUGAAGCCUUAAUGGACAUAUUCAUUAGCCAAGGUAGCUCAAUCAACCAAUACAAGACACCAAGGUGCAUUGAGUCCAGUGUUGCACUCAAGUUCCUUAAUUCGAAAGUUAGGAGUUGUUUUUUUAGCCCUCGUGAUCCAACAUGGAAUCCUUAGGCUACAAAAGGAGCAAUUAGGUCAUUUGGCAUCUAUUUCUUCCCUCCCUCGUGAUCAAGCAAUUGGUUACCCUCUAAUUUGUUAGA